AUGUACAUCACCCUCUACUACAUAGUUACCCGGCUCCCUGACUCCCUUGACUUAGUCGAGGACCCAUUCCUCUCAAUUUGCCCCACCACAAUCACUGUUGACCUCCUCGAGAAGCGCCUCCUAGCAGCAGAGAAGAGCAUAGUCGCUGUAGGAGCCCCUCGUGGUGACCCUCGUACCCCCGUCUUUGAGGGAUGUUCCCGUUCCCCCCUCUUGCCCUCUGUUGCUUCUGCUGUUGCGGCCGACCUCGUUGGUUUCGAGUCGGUCGGCGCUGCGUCAGCCCCUAGCGGGAGACGCCGCACCGGCAAGGGCAAGGGGGGCAAGGGCGCUGGAGGGACUGGCGGGGGCGGUGGAGGUGGUGGUGGAGGCAGUGGAGGGGGUGGGGGUGGUGGUGGGAGCGGUGGCGGGGGUGGAGGUGUCGGUGGCAGCAGUGGAGGCGGAGGAGGCGGCGGCGGUGGCAGAGGGAGCGGAGGCGGCGGAGGUGGCGGAGGCAAAGGGGGCAGCGGUGGAGCAGGUCGCAGCUCUGGGCAGAGGAGUGGGUCUGGUGGUGGUCAGCGCCAGCAGCAGCAGCGCAGUCGUGAGACCCUGUCCCCUCAGCAGCUUCGUGAGUGGUACGCUGGGCGUCAGCGAGGUGGGGGUACUGGUCCCUGCACCUACGUCCUCCGUACAGGCGACCGUGCUGGUGAGCAGGCGGGGGUUGCUAUCUUUGAUCUUGAUGAUGAUGCUAUUCUUGCUCCCAUGUAUGCUGUGUCUACUAGCGAUGAGGGUGACUGUUACCUGUGUGUUCCGUUUGACCCGGGCGUUGAGGCUGCUGCUCUAGGUGCUGGUGAGGCUGCUGAUCUAGGUGCUAGUGCGUCUACUGCCCCAGGUGCUGGUGAGUCUGCUCUCUCAGGUACUACGUCGGCUCAUGCCUUACACACCUUCACCCUUGACUCGGGUGCUUCCCGCUCCUUCUUUCAAGACCGCACCACACUUACGCCGCUUAGUCGGCCAGUUGCGGUCUCCCUGGCGGACUCCUCUGGGGGUCCUAUCCUUGCUAGCUUCUCCAUUGUCUUACCGUGCCCGCCAGCCCCCUCUGGCACCCUACUCUCCUUUGGCACCACCGCCUUGGUCACCCCUCCCUGCCUUGCCUCCAAGGCAUGGCCUCUCGUGUCCUUGUCUCUGGUCUCCCCUGGUCUCUCCCUCCCCUACCUCCGGGGCCUGCCCCUACCUGCGUCCCCUGCGUAG